CUCUUUCUCUUUGCCGUACCUGCUGUGGGUGGGACGGGCUGUGGCCGCUGCCUGUGGUGGGUGCAGCCCGGAUUAAAGGGCGGGCUGGAGCCUGGCCGCCCGCCCGACUGCCAUUUAAAGGGCUGGUGCGGUUGGCCAUCUGCCUGAUAGCCUACUGCUGCUGUUAAUGGCAUUUAAAGGGUCUCUUCCCUACUUAGUGCUUUGGGUGUUGCGGGGUAUGUUGGGGGGAUUGCACUCUGCCCGAUAUUUUCUCUCUGAAUGGGAGUUUUCCUGAAGUUGUAUUUGUAUUUUCCUCUCUCAGUGUCAUUCUUUCUGCCUCUUACUGCUCUCUAACUGGCAGCUUUACUGAGUUGGUUUAAUCAUUUGAUUUGAGCCUCUCUGUCUCGCUCUGGCAUUGGGAGGGUUGUUCAGGUCAUUUGCAUUCUGCUUGGUAUUUGCAGUCCAUGACGUUGAUUCAUUUCAUGCAGUUUACAGUCACGGGUUUGACGUCGAUCUGGGACUUAGGGCAGAAAGAUUGGGCACUUCCAAUUAUAAACCUCCCCCUAAACAAAUGGGACUCUUUAAAUGUGUUGCCCUUGCUGGCUUGGUGUCGCAGUGUACUGUGCUUUCUCUUCAGCGAUGAUAAUUAUUACUCUUUGAGAUUUUUUGUUAUCCCUGUUGGACAAUUGCCUCGAUUGCUCAAUCCUGGUGACAUUGGUGUUUCAUUUAUUCUGAAGGAACAAACCAAGAUUGCUAAUUUGAGGGACACAAUCCACUCUGCCCAGCACUUUGUAAGAAAGUUGAAACUUCUCUCUAAGGCACAUUAAACCCUGCUUUUUGUGGAGUUUAAUAUUGGUUUUGGUUUACAACCCAUUCUGGUGAUUAAGCAGCUAUGCAGCUUGAAAUCCAAGUAGCACUCAACUUUAUUAUUUCAUAUUUGUACAAUAAACUCCCGAGGCGCCGGGUGAACAUCUUUGGGGAGGAGCUGGAGAGGCUGUUGAAGAAGAAAUACGAAGGUCACUGGUACCCAGACAAGCCAUACCGGGGCUCGGGCUACAGGUGUAUACACGUUGGAGAGGCCAUCGACCCUGUGAUUGAGCAAGCUGCCAAAGAGAGCGGCCUGGACAUCAAGGAUGUUCGUGACAACCUGCCUCAGGACCUCAGUGUCUGGAUAGACCCCUUCGAGGUGUCUUAUCAGAUUGGGGAGAAGGGCCCUGUUAAGGUGCUGUAUGUGGACGAUAGCAACGAGCCUGGGACGGAUUUGGACAAGGAAAUCAAAAACAGCUUCAAUCCUGAGGCCCAGGUGUUUAUGCCGAUCUGUGAUCCAGUGGGGAGCUCCUCUGUGUCCAGCUCCCCUUCGCCCCCUUUUGGUCACUCCGCUGCCGUAAGCCCCACUUUCAUGCCUCGAUCCACCCAGCCUUUAACCUUCACCACUGCCACUUUCGCUGCUACGAAGUUCGGCUCAACCAAAAUGAAGAGUAGUGGCCGGAACAGCAAGAUUGCUCGCACCUCCCCCACCAACCUUGGCUUAAACAUGAAUAACCUGUUAAAGCAGAAAGUCAUGUCCACAUCCACUCACUCGCUCUAUGGGCUUGGCGUGAGCAGCCAGCAACAGCAGAAGACUUCAGCCCUCUCUCCCAAUGCCAAGGAGUUUAUUUUCCCGGGCAGUCCUAGUGCAAUGUUUCCAGGGGACAGUCCCCUGAACCUCAGCCCUCUGCAGUACGGCAAUGCCUUUGACAUGUUCACAGCCUAUGGAGGGAUCAAUGAAAAAUCCUUUGUGGAUGGUCUGAAUUUCAGCCUUGGUAACAUGCAGUAUUCAAACCAGCAAUUCCAACCAGUUAUGGCUAAUUAAAAAGGAUAUAUAUAUAUAAAUACAAACCAAGCCCUAAUUGUAAACGUUUUAAUGUACUGAACCCAGGGGCGUUACCUUCCCCCUUGAGAUCUUUUUUGUUUCUAAUUUUUAAAAAACUAUUUGGGGAUAAGCUUGUAGAACUUGAUUGGUGCUUGGUUAUUUAAAGCGACACGCAUCAGUUUUUUUGCCAGCCAAGCACAAAACAUAUUUUAUAUGGACUCAACCUUUUAAAACAAAAGGAAAAGAUCUGCUGAGACACAGUCUGACUUGCCCCUCUUACAGUAUUUACACUUAAACAGGACUAAAUGGGCAAUGGAAAAUUGGCACUAAUAAUAAACAGUGGGUUUCUGGUCUUUUUCUAAUUGCAUAAUUUAAUUUAGUAUGAAGUUUGUAAAAUAUCAGAGUAUAUAUAUAUUGUUUCUACAACAUGGUAUUGCAUUUAUAUCUUUUUACUACUUCAGUGAUCUGUAAUGGCUAUGACAGCUUGCGUUAUUUUUCUUUACAAAGAACCUUGUGUAAAAAAAAAUCGACAUUCAAAAGCAUCAAAACUACUCUUAAAGAUUGUGUACAGAAUAUUCCCCAGUGGUGAUGUUUAAAGUGUAGGAAUUUCUGCUUUUUUUCAUGAGAGUUGUAUUUUCUGUUAUGAGUUUUAAAAAAAGGAAAAUUAAUUUUUUUUGCAUUAUGGACAAAUAUGUAAUCGUAAAUAUUAAUUUUGUACCUACCUUGUGCAAUACUUGAUAAAAACCAGUAAAACAAAGUAUUUUGAGUCUGUCUUACAUGUUGAGAGGGACUCUGAGAUAGUUUAUAUAUUGAUAAACGUUUGUAUUAAAAUGCUUCCAAAAUUAA